AUGGCUUGGCUCCUUUACAGAACCACAGGGGCUCUGGCCAUUUUAACGGUGGUCCUUUUGGUUCAUGGAGAAUUGAGAAUAGAGACAAAAGGACAACAUGAAGAAUAUGAGACAGCGGUACAACAAGGCAAAAGGAGAUACAAACGUGAAUGGGUGAAAUUUGCAAGACCCUGCAGAGAAGAAGAAGACAACUCGAGAAGAAAUCCAAUUGCCACAAUUACUUCAGACUUCCACGCAACCCAGAAUAUUACCUACCACAUUUCUGGAAUAGGAAUCGAUCAGCCACCUUUGGGAAUCUUCAUUGUUGACAAAAACACUGGAGAAAUUAACAUAACAGCCAUAGUUGAUCGUGAGGUAACCCCAAGCUUCCAGAUUACCUGUCGUGCUCUCAGUGUCCUGGGACAAGAUGCAGAGAAACCACUUAUACUAACAGUCAAAAUUUUAGAUAUAAAUGACAAUGCUCCAGUGUUCUCACAAAGUAUGUUCACGGGUGAAAUUGAAGAAAAUAGUGCUUCGAACUCACUGGUGAUGAUCCUAAAUGCCACAGAUGCAGAUGAACCAAACAACUUGAACUCUAAAAUUGCCUUCAAAAUUAUCUCUCAGAAACCUGCAGGCACACCCAUGUUCCUCCUAAGCAGACACACCGGGGAAGUCCACACUUUGACCAAUUCACUUGAUCGAGAGCAAGUUAGCAUGUAUCAGCUGGUUGUGAGUGGUACAGACAAAGAUGGAGAAGGACUUGCAGCACAAUGUGAAUGUAGCAUUAAAGUGAAAGAUGUCAACGAUAAUAUCCCAAGCUUCACAGAAUUGCAGUAUUCAGCAAGUAUCAAGGAAAACACUUUAAGUUCUGACUUGCUUCGAUUUCAAGUAAUAGAUUUGGAUGAAGAGUUCACAGAUAAUUGGCUUGCAGAGUAUUUCUUUACCUCUGGAAAUGAUGGGAAUUGGUUUGAAAUACAAACUGAUCCCAUGACUAACGAAGGCAUCUUGAAGGUGGUUCAGGCUCUAGAUUAUGAAAAACUACAAAGUUUGCAACUUGGUAUCGCCGUCAGAAACAAAGCUGAAUUUCACAAAUCAAUUCUCUCUCUAUAUACAGUCCAGUCAACCUCACUCAUAAUCCAAGUAAUAAAUAUGAGGGAAGGACUUAUAUUCCGUCCUCCUUCCAAGACAUUUACUGUCCCAAAAGGCACAAGCAGUAAAAACCUGAUCAAUUAUAUCUUGGGAUCAUAUCAAGCCAUUGACGAAGACACUGGCAAAGCUGCCUUAUUUGUCAAAUACAUCUUGGAACGUAAUGAUGGUGGUUUGCUAACUAUUGAUUCAAACACUGCUCAAAUCAAAUUUGUCAAAAAUACUGUUCGGGAUGCUACUGUCAUGGUUAACAAGACAAUCACAGCUGAGGUUCUGGCCACAGAUGAAAAAACAGGUGAAACUGCUACAGGCACCAUACAUGUCCAACUACCUGAUUUUAAUGUAAAUUGUCCAACAAUUGUCCUGGAAAAGAAAACAAUCUGUAGUUCAUCAUCUUCCGUGGUUGUCAAAGCUGUAUUACUGGACAAGGAUGAAUAUACUGGCUCCUACACAUUUUCACAGGACAAGCAAACUACAAAAGUGCCAGAGUGGAAGAUCACAAAACUUGAUGACACCUCCGCAAUCCUACAAAGCACGCAGCCGGUAUCUCCCGGUGUGUACAGAAUCUCACUGGUCAUCACGGACAACGAGGGUAAUUGGUGCAGGACCCCGGAGAACUUGACUCUGAAAGUCUGUCAGUGUGACAACAGUAACACCUGUAUAACUUGGACCCCGACCACAACCCCUUGGACCCCUAAUGGAGAGACGCCUGAGAAGCUGGGGCCUGCUGCCAUCGGCCUACUGCUCCUCGGUCUUUUGCUGCUGCUGUUGGUCCCCCUUCUGCUGCUGACCUGUUACUUUGGGACCGGUCCUAUCGGGGGAGUGACCAGUGGAUUCAUGCCAGUGCCUGAUGGUUCAGAAGGAACAAUUCGUCCGUGGGGAAUCGAAGGAGCCCAACCUGAAGACAAGGAAAUCGCAAAUAUCUAUGUGCCACCUAUAACUGCCAAUGGAGUUGAUUUCAUGGAAAAUUCUGAAGUUUUUACAAAUACAUACGCUGGAGGGACGGUGAUGGAAGGAGCUUCGGGAAUGGAAGUGACCACCAGGCUUGGAGCAGCUGCAGGAUCUGGAGCAGCUGCAAGAUCUGGAGCAGCUGCAGGAUCUGGAGCCGCCGCAGGAUCUGGAGCCGCUUCAGAAUUCGGAGCAGCCGCUGGACUUAGCAACUAUUCCGCAGGACAGUCCGGAACGAUGAGAACAAGGCAUUCCAUGGAAGGAACCAACAUGGACUAUGGUGAAGGGGCAAUAAACAUGAACUUCCUAGACUCCUACUUUUCUCAGAAAGCAUUUGCCUGUGCCGAGGAAGACGAUGGCCAGGAAGCAAACGAUUGCUUGCUGAUCUAUGAUAACGAAGGAACAGGUGGCCCUGGUUCUCCCAUCGGCUCCCUGGGUUGUUGCAGUUUUAUUGCUGAUGAGUUUGAUGACAGCUGCUUGGACUCACUCAGUCCCAAAUUUAAAAAACUUGCAGAGAUAAGCCUUGGGAUGGAUGAUGAAGCCAAAAACUCUCAGCCACCCACCAAAGAGAGUGGUUCUGGGAUUGAAUCCCGUGGCCAAUCCGUACAAGUCCAACAGUCAGAAUCUGUAAGGUACCAGAUUUUGCCAGGCAGCCAGGGACCGUCUGCUUUGUCUGCUUCUGGCUCUGUCCUCCAGCCAGCCAUUUCCAUCCCUAACCCUUUGCAGCAUGGUAGCUAUUUGGUAAUGGAGACUAGCUCAGCUGCUGGUUCCUACAUGCAGCCUUCCACUGCAGUCUUUGAUCCACUUCUCACAUAAAAUGUAAUAGUGACNGAAAGAGUGAUUUGUCCCAUUUCCAGUGUUCCUGGCAACCUACAUGGUCUGGCAGAGCUACAAGGGUCAGGUCGUAAAAUCUGUACAGAAGCUCCUUGUUCCCUUCCGAUGUGA